AGCAGUCGGGAAGUUGACUCCAAAAUGGCCGACCCUCGCGUCGAGGCUUUGAACGAGAAGACCCUGUGCUCCGAGGAGCCAGCAAAAGCCAGCCCGCAGGGCCUGAAGCAGAAGCAGCCAGAGCGCCGGCGGCGCGCCAAGAACCAAAGCGAGAGCUUUGCCACCUACUUCCCCCGGGUUCUCAAGUGCGUCCACAUGGACCUGAGCCUUUCGCAGCUGACCGUGAGCGUCCUGGAUUCCUUCGUGAAGGACAUGUUCGAGCGCAUCGCCCAGGAGGCCGGCCACCUGGCCCGCUCCACCCGGCGCGCCACCCUCACGUCCAGGGAGAUCCAGACAGCCGUGCGCCUGCUGUUGCCCGGCGACCUCGGCAAGCACGCCGUGAGUGAGGGCACCAAGGCCCUCAUCGGGUACACCCACCGCCAGUGAGACGCCCGUCCGGGCCACCAAGACCAAAGGCUCUUUUCAGAGCCCCCAAACCAAAGGCUCUUUUCAGAGCCACCUCC